AUGGACACCAAUUUCCGCAAGAUUGAUAUUGACCAGUACGAGGAGGAUGCUCUUCUGGACGGCGAGCUCUACGACACCGAUCCAAGAGACCCUGGCCAAGCCCUGAACGAGGUGAAGCAGAACGCGGUUGCGGUACGGGGUUCUCUCGCGAAGAACGACUUUGCGGGAGCGUUGACCAUGGUUCUCGAGACUGCGCCAUAUGGCCCCACUGUGGAGGAAGCGAAGAACCUUAACCUCCAGACACUUGUGUCGAUACUAAACAGCACCAAGGCCACGGACAUCCCCGCCAUCGUCAAGGCGCUAUCCACGGACGCGCAAGACACGCUCAUGAAAUACCUCUACAAGGGUAUGGCGCUGCCAGGGUGGGGAGACGUAAGCGGGAGUGUGCUACUGGGAUGGCAUGAAAAGUUGACGGAGGUUGCGGGUACCGGCUGCAUCGUGCGGGCGAUGACUGACAGAAGAAUUGUAUGA